CUGAUGCCGUCCCGAACGGUGCCGUCCCGGGACACUCCUCGGGUGCGGUGGACGAUAGAGAUAGGCUGGCACGGAUGUGCCCCGAACGCCCCGAGGGGCGUGGAGCGAACGGCGACGCAAGGGGACACUAUAAAAGCUCAUCCAUAUUCAUGCCGGUCGUAUCAGUUCAGUACCGUCCGGGCCGGGCAAACCACUCCACCGACAGCCACAGACACACUUGCACCGGACGGAACCUGUCCACUAACUGUGCGUAAUAAUUGGCCGGACAAUUAUUGGUAAUUUCUCAUAAUUUCUUGCACACUCGCCAUGGCCGCCAACAUGAGCUCACGAGCUGGGUGCACUGUGCUGCUGCUGCUGCAGCUCGCCGCGAUCGCCUCAUCCCUGGCCGGAUGUGACAGUUCACUCGAUGUGCCACACCUCGCCCUGACGAAAAGCUUCUCCCGAGCGCUGCAAGACUGCAUGGAGUAUCUGCAGGUACCGGGCUACCGAUACGCGGAGUACGCCUCGAACCACUAUCCGGACGAUCCGGAAACGAAGUGUCUGCUGCGGUGCGUAGGACUCAAUCUGCGCUGGUGGAACGAUACGACCGGUGUGCAGCCGGCCAUCAUGAAACGCUUCUUCCAGCCCGAUCCAGCAGACGCAGAGUACAAAAAUCGUACGGCCGAAUGUUUGGAGAAGGAACUCCCGGGUGGCGAUGACGCCGACUGCUGCUGUUCGGCGUACGAAAGCUUCCGAUGCUAUUUGCAGUACUACGGGAACUUGCUGCCUUGUGCGCUGUUCUAUCCGGAGGACGAUUCACGGCAUGUACACGCCGCCCAGGACUGUAUCGAGUUUCUGCAGAUACCGGAGAAGCUGUUGAGGAGCUACGGUGCCGGCAGCUUCCCAGAUGCGCCCGAAACGCGCUGUCUGCUGCGUUGCUUCUUCCUGCGCACGGGCGUGUUCCACGUCGAGAGCGGGUUCGAUGUGGUGCGCUUGUACAGCCGAGACUUUGAGAGUCCGGACGAACGGUACCUGGCGCCGGAAACGCAAACCAAGCUGCACGAACUGCGCGGCUCGGUGGGUGAACAGUGUACGGAGGUGUAUGUCGCCUAUCGGGAUGUGCUCGGAGAGCUGGGCAGACCAUUCUUCGAGUAUGACGUGCUGCAGAAGGCUGCCCAGCGAGCUCUGGGUUUGGCACAGGAAGAGACUCCCGUCACAACUACCACUGUUUGCCCGUCAAUAUCCGACUACAACUACAAGGAGCUGAACUGUCAAAACUGUGGCCGACUGUUAAUCACUCCCACCGGUAGAAUAACCUGUGCCCGCUGUAUGAAGAACUCAUCGCCGUUCGGGAAGUUCUUCUUCUAGCGUGGGGCCGUUACAUCACUAGGCAUAGAGAGUUUGGUUACUUAUUUAUUGUUUUAUCGGUUAAUAAAAGACGUUGAUGGUGUUUGUUGCCACGCAAGGAGUUAAAAUAACUGGCCGGGUUUUAUGCAUAACAGCUCCGAGCUGUUUGAUAAGCAAUAUGGCGUUGUUUUCACAACGUCGUCCACGUAAUGGCCGCACGCACAGGUACGUUGUUUAUCUGCGAGUGGGAAAAUGCUUUCCAAAAUGGCAAAACACACUGUUGCCGAGUUGGUUGAUGUUUAUACUUUAUCACCCCGGAGUCGCCCCGGGGGGUUUUGGCACGUAGCUGUAGAAAGCGGCCAUUGUUGGUGUGAUUUCUGUUUUGUUACCGCAAUACAGUCAUAUGUUUAUUCUUU